GGAUCUGUACGGCAAGCGCAGACAGAUGGUCAAGGUUCAGGCUUUGGAGAGGGAGGUUCAUCAUCUUCAGGAAGAGUUAAAAUCCCUUGAGCACAUUCAACGAGCUUCUAGAUACUGCAAAGAGGUUGAUGACUUUGUUAGGGUUGAUGACUUUGUUGGGGCUAAACCAGAUCCAUUUAUUGCCCGAACUCCAGAAGUCCAUAAAUCCUGUUCCUUCUGGAAGCGCUUCUGGGGAAACUGUUGUUUGAAUCUCUCAUGGAUCUGCUGCUGUACUACCUUCCGACUUCGCUUUAAAAGAUUGAACAUUUUUACAAAUUGCAUAUCGUGUAAUUCGUCAUGCAUCCAUGCCUGCUGCUCGGAGAAAACUUGUUGUCUGAAAUGUCCUGAUUGUAAGGGAGAUUCAUGUUGCUGCCCCUGCCGUGCUUGCUACUGUCUUAGGUCUUUCUUCCAUAACUGUACAAAGGUCAUUUCUUGUUCUAGCUGUAUAAAAGCCUGUUGUCCUUAACCUUACAACCAUUUAAAUUCCAACAGUGCCUGUCUUCUUUCAGUUCAGAAUGCUUUUAAAUUUUUUUUUUCUAAAUUUGUGCCGAAAGUGUCAGCGGUUAUUCGCUCACCUCUAAAAAAUAAAAAAAAUAUAUAUUU